AUGACUCUAAUACCAGAGAACAGCGAAGAGGAACCGACAGGUUUGCCACAAUCAGGAAAUAUUUUCAUCGAGGCUUGUGGCACCCAUUAUAUACCACACGAGUUCCUGACUGUUGAUGAGCAGUUACUUGUCUUCCAAGGUCACUGCCCCUUUCGCAUGUACAUCCCAAAUAAACCAGAAAAGUACGGCAUCAAGAUCGUUAUGGUAAAUGAUGUCAAGAGCAAGUACAUGCUGUCAGGGAUCCCCUAUCUAGGGAAGCAGGGGACACGGGCGACAGAGGGGCAAAACCUUGGCCACUCCUUCACCGAGGACCUGACACAGUGCUACCACAACACCAAAAGGAAUGUAACUACCGAAAAUUGGUUCACCUCUAUACCCCUCAUCCAGGUUAUGCUGCACAAUUGUGCCAUGACGCUGAUAGGGACAGUCAGGGGAAACAAGUCAGAGAUACCAGAAGAGAUGAAGGACAAGACUGCAUGGGCUCAGAUUCCAGUGCCUUCCUGUUCACGAAGGACAUGA